AUGGAAAGGUGUGUGGUUUUGGUUGUUCUAAAUCUAAUGCUAGCCCUUUGCAGGGUAACUCAGGCUGGGGCUGAUAAGGCUGCUUUAUUGGCAUUCAAAGCCACCAUAACUUCCGAUCCCUUUGACAUCUUGUCCAAAAACUGGUCUCAUCAAACUCCAUAUUGUGAUUGGAUUGGUGUUACCUGCAACGCCAAGCACCAAAGAGUGACCCAAUUGAAUCUCUUCAAUAUGGGUCUCAACGGCACCAUUCCUCAGGAGAUUGGUGGCCUCUCAUUCCUUGCAACUUUCAACAUCAGCGCUAAUAAUUUCCAUGGCCAUAUCCCAGAAAGCAUUGGAUUCUUGACCAAACUCCAGACUUUGGAUAUGUCCUACAACCAUCUCUCUGGAAAUAUUCCUGCAACUAUGUACAACGUUUCUUCCUUGCGUUUUGUAGACUUGAGAAACAAUCUUCUCUCGGGGACGCUCCCCGAGGGCGUUUGUGAUCACUUCAGGCAGCUACAAGGCCUGUCUCUUUCAGCAAAUCGAUUCAGUGGUCACAUUCCAUCAGGUCUACACAAAUGUAUGGAGCUUAGAUUUUUGCUCUUAGGAGAUAAUGAAUUUCAAGGAAGCAUACCACCUGAAAUUGGCAACUCUUCGAAACUUGAGUGGUUACUGCUAUAUGGUAACAAUUUGACAGGAGAUUUGCCUUGGACAAUCUUCAAUACUUCAUCUUUAGCAGUACUUGACCUUCAUGCUAAUGAAAUCUCUGGAACUCUUCCAAAUGACCUCUGUUAUCUCCUUCCGGAAUUGGAGUAUCUGGAUAUUGCCAUAAACAAAAUUCAUGGAGAAAUCCCUCAAGCUCUAUCCAGUUGCAGGAGACUUGAAGUACUUUCCAUGUCUCACAAUCAACUCUCCGGAAGAUUCCCUACUCAAAUCUGCAACAUAUCAUCUCUUCAGGAGCUUUAUCUUGCAAGAAUGAACUUGACAGGAAAUCUACCAAAUGAAAUUGGGAAGUUGUCAAUCCUUCAAGAUUUCGGAGUUUUUAAAAACCACUUGACCGGUACAAUACCCCCUUCAAUUGGUAAUAUAUCAACUUUGGAGAAUUUUGAUGUCCAUGACAACAAUAUGGAUGGUAAUAUUCCUCCAGAGCUAGGAAAACUAUCAAGUCUUAAAGGAUUGGCACUUGGAUCAAAUAAUUUCAGUGGCGAAAUACCAUCCACAAUUUUCAACAACUCUGGAUUACAAUUGAUUGCGAUGUCAUUAAAUAACCUUUCUGGCAAUCUUCAACCAGGGCUAAGACAUUGGAUGUCCCCAAGCCUUUCAAAGCUUUAUCUUGGAGCAAACCAAUUCAGUGGAACCAUUCCUAGCACAAUAUCAAAUGCCACCCAACUCAUAGAACUUGAUCUUGGACUUAACAUGUUUAGUGGCCAUAUACCUUUAGUGGUUGCAAAUUUACACCAACUUGAAUAUUUUUCUAUAGAAUACAACCAAAUCACAAAUGAUCCCUCUGCCCAUGAACUAAGCCUACUCACAUCAUUGUCCAAAUGCAAAAAUUUAAAACAGAUUGUUUUGAAUGGCAAUCCAUUCAACACAUUUCUUCCCAGCUUUUUAGAUCUAGGCAAUAAAUCUUUGCCUUUGGAAUACUUAUAUGCAAGUGAGUGUCACUUAAAAGGCAGCAUUCCAAGUGGAAUUAGCAACUUUAGCAACUUGGUUUCCUUGGAGUUAAACGACGACAAGCUCUCGGGCUCGUUUCCUGAAACAUUGGGGCAUUUGCUGAGGUUACAGGGUUUAUACCUACAUAAUAAUGAAAUUGAGGGAUCAAUACCAAAAACCUUGUGUUAUUUGAAGGACUUGUCUGAAUUGGAUCUUGGAGACAAUAAGCUCAUGGGAAAAAUACCAAGUUGUUUUGGCAAAAUAACUUCUUUGAGAAAACUAUAUUUGGGUUCCAAUUUACUUACAUCUACUAUACCACAUGACUUGUGGAACAACAAGGAUGUAUUGGAGCUAGACUUGUCCUACAAUUCUCUUAGUGGUUCUCUGUCUUCUGAAAUUGGAAGUAUGCACAACAUGGUACAGUUAUAUUUGUCAGGUAACCAAUUUUCUGGAGAAAUUCCUGACAUUAUUGGGCAACUUCAGAAUUUGUUGAAUCUCGAUCUAUCAUCAAAUAGGCUUGGUGGUUCUAUCCCUCAAUCAUUUGAUAGUUUGAUAAACUUGCAACAACUAGAUUUGUCUAACAACACCCUCUCUGGUGGUAUUCCAAUGUCAUUGCAGAAACUCAAAUAUCUUGUGUACAUAAAUCUGUCUUUCAAUGAUCUCAGUGGUAGAAUUCCAAAUGAUGGACCUUUUGCAAAAUUCAGCAUGGAAUCAUUCAAGGGUAACAAGGAAUUAUGUGGAGCUUCCCGGUUCCAUGUCAUGGAAUGCAAAGAAGGUAAAGAAAGACCGAGAAACACUGCCAUAUUUCACAAGUAUGUUCUGCCAUCUCUUGUAUCUGUGGUUGUUGUUGUUGUUCUACUGGUUUUGUUGCUUACGUUUUGGAAGAGGAAUAAUCGAAGAGAACCUCAGGCUGAAAGUGUACUUGAUGUUACCCUCAAGAGGAUUUCAUACUAUGAAAUUCUUGGUGCUACAGAAGACUUUGAUGAGAGCAACUUGAUUGGGAGGGGGAGUUUUAGCUCAGUGUUCAAGGGCACUUUUGCUGAUGGGGUGAUUGCUGCUGUAAAAGUCUUCAAUUUGGAUGUGCAAGAUUCAGUCAGGAGCUUUGAUGUAGAGUGUCAAGUGCUAAAGGAUAUUCGCCAUAGAAAUCUUGUCAAAGUAAUAACCAGUUGUUCCAACCUCGACUUCAGAGCUUUGAUUUUAGAGUAUAUGCCCAAUGGGAGCCUAGACAAAUGGCUCUAUUCACAUAAUUAUUUCCUAGAUAUCUAUCAGAGGCUAGGAAUAAUGAUGGACGUUGCGAAUGCGCUCGAAUACUUGCAUCGUGGCCAUUCUUUCCCAGUGGUUCAUUGUGAUUUGAAGCCUGGCAACAUUCUUUUAGAUGAAAACAUGGUUGCACAUGUUGGUGACUUUGGUAUAGCUAAGCUACUGGAAAAAGAUAAGGCCACUAAACAGACAAAAACCAUGGGCACAGUUGGAUACAUGGCUCCAGAGUAUGGUUCUGCAGGAAUUAUAUCUACCAUGGGAGAUGUAUAUAGUUAUGGGAUUUUACUAAUGGAAGUGUUCACGAGAAAGAAACCCACAGAUGAGAUGUUCCAAGGAGACUUCACCAUGAGGAGAUGGGUGUCUGAUUUAUUGCCUGAUGCAAUAAUGCAAAUUGUUGAUUCCAAUUUACUGACAGAAGAACAAAGCUGGCAAGAAAUAGAGGAGUGCUUCUUGAUGGUGAUGGGAUUAGCUUUGGAAUGCACAGCUGAUUUUCCAGAGGAGAGAAUCAGCAUGGAAGAUGUGAUAGGUGGGGCUGAUGAGGCUGCUCCAUUCGCAUCCAAAGCCACCAUAACAUUGGACCCCUUUGAUAUCUUGUCUAGCAACUUGGUCUCAUUAAACUCCAUAUUGUGA